AUGUCAACAGGGUGCCGACUGCGAUGGUGGAAGCAGGCGGGUGCAGGGGUGCGGGCGGCGGGGGGUAGCAUGGCCGCCACGCUGCUACUGUUGCUGGCCACGGCCGCGGUCGGCGCGCGUCUCGGGGAGCUCGCGCGCCGCGACACCGGAGACAUCUUCACAAUUAUCGGAGAGGAGUGCAAUGCAGCCCAAUGCGCCGAGCACGGAGCACGUGAGGGGACAGGAGUCAGUAUAAACGGCGAAUGCGCAUGUGCAUGUCCCCAACGCGCUCCUCUUUUUAGAGAGGACCGUGAACUAUGUGUCGAUGAUCUACCUGAGUGUUCGUUAGCUACGUUUGGGACAGGCACCACUGUGCAACGUAUCCCAUUCGUUUACUUACCGCUCAAAGGCCAAAUUAUACAUCCUUCAAGAGAAAUUACUUUUCAGAAUGUAAAAACUCCAAUUUGCGCUGUAUCUGGCGCUCAAUUUUUAACAAGAAAAGGCUUCCUAGACUUGCGAAAUACUCUAGAUGCCGAUGUACCUUUCAAUCUAUUUCGAGAUGAGGGUAGAACAUUUCUACAGUGGAGUGGUGAGGACGAGGUGCGUACAAGAAUGACCGGCCGCGUAAUGGUGGUUCGAUUGCUAUGUCGUGAUGUAACCGCUACUCCCACAUCGCCUCUUGAUUUACGAGGUGUAUUCACACCGUGUGUAGCGUUUAGGGUGCAAGGAACUGCGCCCAAACCCUAUUCGAAUAUAACCGAAGUUCAAUUUGCAUUGAACGCUCAGACUUCAGAAGCGACACAAACAUCAGGUCUUACUGUUACUGAAUACGUAGCUAUCGGAAUAAGUUCUCUUCUUCUUGGUCUCGUCUACGUUGCCUCUGUUUUCCUCUUCUUGCACAUACGAAAACGUCGAAAAACAACGUCUGAUGAAGACGGUCGAAGGUUAAAAGGAUUGAAGAACAAAGAUGGGUCGAUAAUCACAGAACGUGAUAUUAUAAGAGUUAAUCAUGAAAGAAUGCAAAAUCUACCAAACGCCCAAGAAAACGGAGUUGUCAAGAAAAAUCCAUUACUAACUAUUGGUGGUCGACAGCUCAUAGACAUUAAAAUGUACCCAAAUGAUUCCGGGAACAAUUUGUCAGAUUUGGAUGAUUUUGCUGAUAGUAGCGCGCCAAGCGAUGACAACUUAUACACUAGUGAAACAACAUCGGCAGUUAUACAUAAACAAAAUGGCGAGUUCACAAUGAAACAUGAAAGUUCAGAAAUGAGCUAUCGAGAUGAGUCUGGUAUUGAAAGACUCCCUGAUGAACACGUCUCGAUCGUAGAAACAACAGAUUACCGAGAAAUUGCCCGACCAGUUGGUACAACGCGAAGGAAAUUAUACUUCAAUCCUGCCUACUUCGAACCAGAACUGAUGGCGGAACCCCCACCCGCUGCACUAGAAUUUUUAUCUAAAAUUAGAGAAGUGAUCUCAAUAGCUAAACACAAAAUGGCAGCAAAACGAUUUCAACCAAUCCUGAAUGAAAUACCCGAAGAAGAAACUCUACCUUCAAACGGGAAUAGCAUUAACUUCUACCAAGGUAUGGGUAGUCAGAGAAGUGGAAGUGUUGUCAGCCUGAAACGAGAAAACAGCAGAAAGAAAAGUUGUAUAGGGUGCCCCGGUUGUAAAGUAGACAGUAACAGCGAUGUGAGCAGUGUACCAAAACAUAAUGUUCCAAUUUGUGCAAGUUGUCUAAAUAACAAAGGCGAUAAACAAAGCAGUAUUCGCAAGUGGCUUGAAAAUCUCCCUACUUUAAAACAACAUCCGUUGUAUAGUGAUUUACCAGCAUCAACUCAAAGCAAUUUAGCUGAGUCUCUUUUGUCCCUACCUUGCAUUGAAAAUAGAAAAUUAAGGAAACAAAAUAGUUUUUCGAGUACUAACUCCGUAUACCUGGCCGAUAAUUAUUCAGUGCCUAACAAAUCCUCCACGUUAUCUGUGAGAUCUGAGCCUCUUACGCGUAGUUACAAUUUACCUCUACCCGAUUUCGGAAAUUUGGAUCAGCAAUCUAAUAAUAAUUUUAAUUUCUAUGGACAAACUGUAGCUCGAGUAGAUGAUAUUAGACCCAUUGGAUUUAAAGACUACAAUACUGAAAACACGGAAAGUAGUUCAGAAAAUGAAAGACCCCCUCAAAAGUUUGUUAAUAAAAAUUCUUUACCGGACAUGGUUAACGAAGCAAUAGCUUUAGAUCACUGUACAAAAUCAUAUAAUCAGAGUAGUUCUGAUGAAGAAAGAUUUACCACCAAAAACCCUGAAAUUAUGAAACAUAACCAGUUUAGUUCUAGAAAUAUUUCUGAGACUUUUUCAGGUAAUGAUUACGAAACAGACAGUCUGGAAAGAAGUUCUAAUAAAAAAGGAUUAUCUUCUCCCACCGACUACACUGAGCUAUCGUCAUCGCAGGCAAGUCCUAGUUUAAGCAACGCUCUACCUUUAGAUGAAGAACUUACUAUGAGAAAUGCUAUAUAUAAAUUACACUCUGGAAGUGACAGUAAUACGCCUUCACCGUAUAGAGACGUACAGGUGGAUUCACAUCCCUAUGAAACUAUGGAUAGCAAAAAUAGAGUUUCUACAUCAAAAAUACAGGAGUCUACAAAUCCAAGCAAAGAUUACAGUUUAGUGACAGAAGUAUACGUAAACAAUAAUUAUAAUUUUGAAAGUGCAUCUACAUCGCCUAGCGGUUCUGAUUGUUCCAUAGGAGGCAGAAAAUUAGUAACAGCUACUAAUGAAAAUAAAGAAAAACCAGGUUGCUUGACAAUCGAAGUUAAAGAUUCGCCUGAAAACUAUAUAAAAAUUCACGAGUCCGAUGAUUUUGAACCAGAUACAUUGGACAGAAAGCUUCCAAAACACAUAAUAAAAGAAUCUAUUGGCAAAUUACCCUUUAACAGAAAAGAUCUUAUACAAAGUAUAAAUAACAGUGAGACUUUAUCUAACUCUCAUUGUAUUCAGUCGAGAGGUGACGGUACUUUUACUAAACCAAAUAACAAAGUAGAAUAUCCAUCUAAAUUCAACAGUUUAAGAAAUGACUAUGGAUCCGAACGACCGAAGUUGACGCUCAGUCUAUAUAGCGGUUCGAAGAGUCUAGAACAAACCCAAGGCGAAGAUUGGAAAGAAGGUGAAAGUUGGCUUACAGAGGAAGGUCGUAUUUUGACUUUAGAACUGAGACAUUCUAAAAGACAACGACAGUGUACACCCCCAACCAUAAAACAGAUUAAAAAAUUAUCACGACCUGAUGUUCUGCCACCGUUACCACCUAGUGAUGAGGAUCCCAUAUAUGAACAACCAAAUUAUCCACCUAGAAAAGUCGCAACUGAUACAGUAGUGAUUAAUGAAAUAUAUCCAAAAAACUUAAACGGCAGAAGCCUCAGUCCGAGGUCAUUUAUGAAGAGUACGACGAGUGAAUCAACAAUGCACGAUAGUUCUACUCCUGAACCUAAUUAUGGAGAUUCUUGCAGUUUAAUGAGCGCUUCUGUCCUACCACAAUCCUCGGAAUAUGAAAAUAUUGAGUCCAUAAUUAACAAUCCUAGUGAACUAUGCAGAAAUUUUAGCAAUAAAAGUUUAUCGAAAGGAGGAAGUAUAAAUACUGAUACCUUUGUCAAGGCAACAAAGAGCGGGCACGCAAAAGCUCGAUUCCGUAGAAAGAAAGGGCCCAACAUUAAAGAUUCGGGAUAUUUGAGUAGUGACUCAACUGGGUCAAGACAAGUGCAAAGAAAAGUAGUCGUUGCAAAAAUAGUUAGUUGUAGUGAAAGUGACGAUACAGAGAACGAAGCUUGCAGUGAAUCUGGUGCUGAAAGUAUAGAAACACAUUCGGUGUACUUUGAUAGUUUCAGGAAAGUUCCAAGCAACGAUGGAUUCACUUAUACUCUAGAUAGCAAAAGUUCAAGAGAUAGCAGUGGAAAGUUUCAACAUUCCGAUGACUGUUUAUAA